CAUGGUCUCUUGCCUGACCUCCUUGCUCCCAGGGAAGCGGUCUCCAUGGCUACUGGCCCUACUCCCCCAGUGGCAGACUGUAAAUUCCUGCAGGGAGAGCUGAACAGAACCCGGACGGGUGGGAGGGAGUGAAGAAGGAGCAGGCGAAGCAAAGGCAAAUAGAAAGAAAGAGAGAAAAGAAAAAGGGCGUUGCUUGGAUGGACCUUUACAGGUCUUCAGCAUUGGACCACGGCACUUAAAAAAUCUGCCGCUCUAACAAAACUACAGCUGGCUACGUUCCUCCUUGAAUAAAAAAGAGGCAACUGAAAGGAGGACGUUCAGGUCCGCUCAAAGAUUCCGCGGGUUUCUCUCCCUCCCUUCCUGUGUUAGUAGCAUCAGAGAAACGAGACUAAACCCCGAGCAAUUUGGCCAUCCUUUCUCCAGUAGCCGCUUUCAUACACCACCAGAAAAACAGUUCCUUUGUUUUGUGGGAUUUUUUUCCGUUAAAAUUUGCGUGCGCUCUGUGAGGCUUUAAAGCAUCAGAGAAAACUUCCCCCUUCUUGGCACAACCUUUCUGCACACACGCAUCGGUUGGAAUGGGGGCCUUGGAGAUCCUUGGAGUGUGCCUGGUUCUCUCCAUUGGCAACAUCAUGGCUAAAGCUAGUCAAGAUAUUGAUGAAUGUGUUGAUGGGACUGACAACUGCCAUAUUGAUGCCAUCUGCCAGAACACUCCGAAGUCAUACAAAUGCAUCUGCAAAUCUGGUUACACGGGGGAUGGGAAGCACUGCAAAGAUGUUGAUGAAUGUGAGCGUGAUGACAAUGCUGGCUGUGUUCAUGAAUGUGUCAAUAUUCCAGGGAAUUAUCGAUGUACCUGCUAUGAUGGCUUUCAUCUUGCCCAUGAUGGUCAUAACUGUCUUGAUGUGGAUGAGUGUGCAGAGGGGAAUGGUGGCUGCCAACAGACCUGUGUCAACAUGAUGGGAAGCUAUGAGUGCCACUGCCGGGAUGGCUUUUUCCUGAGUGAUAAUCAGCACACCUGCAUUCAGCGCCCUGAAGAAGGAAUGAACUGCAUGAACAAGAAUCAUGGUUGUGCUCACAUCUGUCGUGAGACCCCCAAAGGUGGCAUUGCCUGCGAAUGUCGACCUGGCUUUGAGCUCACUAAGAAUCAACGAGACUGCAAAUUGACCUGCAACUAUGGUAAUGGAGGUUGUCAGCACACAUGUGAUGAUACAGAUCAAGGUCCAAAGUGUGGUUGCCAUGUGAGGUUCGUGCUACACUCUGAUGGGAAAACAUGCAUAGGGGAGAGGCACCUCCAGCAGCACGUUACCCCCCAGACGUUUUCUAAUGAGACCUGCGCUGUUAACAAUGGAGGCUGUGACAGCAAAUGCCAUGAUGCAGCCACAGGAGUACAUUGCAGCUGCCCCAUGGGAUUCAUGCUUCAGCCUGACAGAAAAACUUGCAAAGAUAUAGAUGAAUGUAGAUUGAACAAUGGUGGCUGUGACCACAUCUGCAGGAACACAGUCGGCAGUUUUGAAUGCAGUUGUAAAAAGGGAUAUAAAUUGCUUAUCAAUGAAAGGACAUGCCAAGAUAUUGAUGAAUGCUCCUUUGAUAGAACUUGUGACCACAUCUGUGUAAAUACACCAGGGAGUUUCCAGUGCCUGUGUCACAAAGGCUACAUGCUGUAUGGACUCACUCACUGUGGAGAUGUUGAUGAAUGUAGCAUCAACCGAGGAGGCUGCAAGUUUGGAUGUGUAAAUACCCCAGGUAGCUACGAAUGUACCUGUCCUGCAGGUUGCAAACUUCAUUGGAAUAAAAAAGAUUGCAUAGAGCUGGUGAUUUGUUUGGCUGGCACAGUAUCUCCACGAGCCAUACUUACCUGCAACAGGAAUGGCAAGAAGGACAGCUGCUCCCUCACCUGUGCCUCCAAGGCUCGCUUUCUGCCAGAAUCUGACAACAGCUACACUGUGAGUUGUGGGACACCAAUUCUGCAGCACGGGCCUCCACCAAGGUCCAGCAAUGGUAGCCAUCCCUGCGUUGAGGCUGUUGCUGCUCCGAUCAAACAAAAGGCUUCCUUCAAAAUCAAAGAUGCUAAAUGCCACCUCCAUCCACGCAUGAAAGGCAAACAGGAUGAUACAGGCAGGAAUGGUGGUCUAGGCGGGUCAGCCCCUUGCUCAGAUUGCCAAGUGUCUUUUGUGAACCUGAAGUGUGAUUCAUCAAAGAAAGGCAAAGGACGUCGAGCUCGCAACUCUCCAAGCAAAGAGGUGACUCGCAUCACCCUGGAGUUUGAAGCUGAAAUCAAACCUGAAGAGAUCACAGCCAGCUGCAAUUUGAACUGUGUACGGCAGAAGAUUGAGAAAAAACUGAAGUUAGCUAUCAAAGCCUUGAAGAAAUCUAUAAACCAGGAGCGAUUCCUCAUCCGUGUCUCAGGGAUGGAAUAUGAGGUGGCCCGGAAGCUGAGCUUGCCUUCUGAGAGGCAGGAGAGUUGUGGGCCAGGACAGCAGAGGCUGGGAUCCAAGUGUGUUAGCUGCCUGCAAGGAACAUACUACCAUGGCCAGAUGGAGCAGUGUGUCCCUUGCCCUCCAGGGACCUACCAGGAGAAAGAAGGCCAGCUCUCCUGUGACCUUUGCCCUGGGAGUGAUGCUUAUGGGCCUGCUGGAGCAACAAAUAUAAGCGCUUGCGCAGGUCAGUGCCCUCCUGGACAGUACUCUAUAAGUGGCUUUAAACCCUGCCAAUUGUGUGUGCGUGGCACCUACCAGCCUGAAGCUGGCCGAGCGUUAUGUUUCCAUUGUGGUGGAGGGUUGAACACCAAGCAUGAUGGAGCUUUUUCCUUUCAGGAUUGCGAUACUAAAGUUCAGUGCUCUCCAGGCCAUUAUUACAACACCAGUGUCCAUCGCUGCAUUCGUUGUGUUAUAGGCACCUAUCAGCCAGACUUCCGUCAGAACUAUUGUAUUGCGUGCCCUGGGAAUACCACGACAGACUUUGAUGGCUCGACUUCCGUAACACAGUGCAAAAACCGUCAGUGUGGGGGGGAACUGGGGGAGUACACUGGCUAUAUUGAGUCUCCCAAUUACCCUGGAAACUACCCUGCAAAUGUGGAAUGCACCUGGAACAUCAACCCACCUCCAAAGCGCAAGAUUUUGAUUGUGGUGCCUGAAAUCUUCCUGCCAUCUGAGGACGAAUGUGGAGAUGUCCUGGUCAUGCGGAAAAACUCGUCUCCCUCCUCCAUCACAACCUAUGAGACAUGCCAGACUUAUGAGAGGCCUAUAGCUUUCACUGCAAGAUCCCGAAAAUUAUGGAUCAACUUUAAAACUAGUGAAGCUAACAGUGCCAGAGGCUUCCAAAUCCCUUAUGUCACAUAUGAUGAGGAUUAUGAACAGCUGGUAGAGGACAUUGUCCGAGAUGGCAGACUCUAUGCCUCUGAAAAUCAUCAGGAAAUACUGAAGGACAAGAAGUUAAUCAAGGCGUUCUUUGAUGUGUUAGCUCAUCCACAGAACUACUUUAAAUACACAGAGAAACAUAAGGAAAUGCUGCCCCGCUCUUUCAUCAAACUCCUCCGCUCCAAAGUUUCAAGUUUUCUUAGACCUUACAAAUAGCCUCAUAUUUUCACAAACCUUCCAAGUUUCUCGACUGCCAAGAAAACUUUUUUUCUUAUGCUUAUUGUUAUUUUUCAGUGAAUUUUUUCUACAAAUAGAAAUCCGCCAUCCUUCACUAUGCAGAUGCAUCUAACCAUCGGUCAUUCCUUGGCUUUUUUUCAAAUCAAAUUUACUGAUGAUUUGACCAUGGAAGGAACAGCUGGCCACAAGGAACUAAAUCCCAUCCCUUGUGUUUCCAUACUGAAGUCUCAGCCUGUUGAGAUCACACAUCCCAGUAAGUGACACAGUCUUCACAAGAGGCCUCUACUGGGACUGUAUCUCCCAGUCAUUUCAGCUUUCUCACAUAUAUGCAAAUUAUGUGCAGCCCCUUGUGCUGCCAGGCAGCUGCCAAAGAGGCUGUUUGGGUACAUUUCUCUGCAUGACUGUUUGCUUCUAAAAAGAAGUACUUCUGCUAUCAUAUCAUGCCUCUGCUUCUGGCACACCAGUGAAAUGGGGAGACUCUGAGCAACUGCCAAGCAAUGGAAUUAGUCCAGCUGAACACUUUUGUAAAGAACUGAGAGCAGUGACACCUGGAAUGCGGAAGGUUCUGCCUUAUUUAUCAGACUGUUGUGUUUUUAACUGAAAAAUAAAUCAAGCAGUCUUGCAGAGAGGAUCAAACAAGAUACAUUGGGGGGAAUACAGUGGAUGUAGAUCAUACAAAAUGAAAGGGUAUAUCACAGAAAUGUGAAAGGAAAUUGCCCUUGUUGGGAAUGGCAAGUGUGGUGACUAGAACAGCAUCAUUUCAUGAUGGAGUUUGAUGUUGAAGAAAGCCUAGCCUAGCCACCUUCUCAUACAGAAUAAUGUCUGGAAAAGGAGAGGGGGAGCAGAAGUUGGUGAAAAGUGAGAUUUUCUGAUAUGAUUUCUCUCUACAGACUCUUGUGCUGAGAGAUCAGACUUCUAAGCUCUGCCAAAGAGUAACUCAGUGAUAAGAACACAAGCGGUGUGAAGGGCAGGAGUAAGUGAAUGUUUGUGCACUAGGAUGCUCUCCUUUCUACCUUUUUCAUAUUAUUAAGUGCAAUCAUUUUGAGUUGUCUUUAUAUUAUUUAGAGGGUUUUUUUCUACUAGAAACUACAAUAUUUAUACCUGCCUAAGAAAAGAGAAUGCGCGUGUGCAUAUGUAAGAAACAGAAAAGAAUCCAAACAUGGAAUUGGGAGAAUGAUGACUAAAUGUGACUACAUUUUCAGCUCUUGGAAUUUUAUUUUCCUCACUACAGUAAACUCCAGUGUAACUCCUGAAGAUAGAGUUCCUUGUGUAAGUGAAGUAACACAAUACAUGAACUGAGCAUUUCCAGAUGACGUGGAAAUUAUGCUUUGGCAACAAGCAGCUCCUAAAAAUCAGUUCAAUUAAAAUGUUAUCAAAGGCAUCUUUAAAGAACAUAUCAAGAAUCAUAUACUGGAAUCUGUCCCCAUGUUAAAACUCUCUUCGCACAUUCAACAUACUGCUUAAUCUCACUCUUUCUGACCAUUUAGCUUUGUACAGGUAGAGGAAUUUUGGUAUGUUUGGUUCUAAGAUCUGUUAUACAGAGAUGGCUAGGUUCUCUUUCUGAUGCUCCAAUAAGCUGCAGGUUCUGCAAUAAGGGUCUAGGGUGUUUUGGGAAGUCAUACCUUUUAACUCAAGGAUGUUUUUCCCCUCCUAAUUCCAAAAAAUAUAGCUGUGGAUUCCCAGUGAGGAAGGAAGUGUUUUUUGCACCUACUCAGAAGUACUCGUGUUUUCUCAUGCUACAAAGCUGAGCCCUGCAUUGAAUUUAGGUUUUAGGGUAGCUCUGUUUGAUAUGAAAUCAUGACCAGUGUUUCUUCUUUGUCUGUUUAAAAUUAUAUAAACUGUUUGCCAAGCACUGAUUUAUAUUCAAGUGCAAAUGCUAAUGUUGAAAUGCAGUCUUAAGUCAUGGUCUAAAUUAGCAAUCAGAAUUAUCAAAAGUAUCAUGCAAUUAUAAUCAGUUCAUCUUCAUAUGCAAUACUGUCAAUUUUCACCAGUAUUGUGUGCUGUGGGUUUGCUACUUCUCACUUUUAACUUGAUCCAGAAUCAAGAAAUAGUUCUACCAAAUUCACAGUAUUGCAGCCAUGAAACAGAAUUGGUUUUGAUGUAAACAGCUGUAGUAUUUCAGUAAGUGAGUUUCCAUUACUGUAGGUGCUAAUUGGAUAUAUUUUCUUGAACUUAUAAGUAUUUGUUUAUUCGGUGGAAGAGGACAGAGGCAGACAUUCAAGUCAGUUAUUUACUUUAGAGGAAGAUAAUAGAGGCAGAACCAGAAAUGGGGGGCAGCUUUGAAAAGAAAAAUAUAUGUUGAAUUUUGCUUUGGACUCUACCUGGUUUCAAUUAGUGAGAUCCAUUUUGCCUGUAUCAAUAUGUAAAAAGUUAAAGAUUUGAAAAGCUGAAAAGUCCAUCUCAAAUAGGAAAUAUAACCAUUUUUAAAUAACAAAGCUAAGUUAUUUAGUUGUUGUGCCAUAUGUCAUCAUCCAGUAUCCCUUGAAAAAUAAUGAAUGAGGAAAAAGGUGUAGUCCAUAAAGUUAUUUGCACUUGAUGAA